AUGCACCGUCACGUCUCCCUCGUCGUCGGGAUCGUCCUGCUGUGUUGCCUUCAAGAUUUCGUAACCGGCGCCUGUCCCCGAAUAUGUCCGCCGGGCGGCGAGCCAGCGUGCGGUAGCGACGGUGUGAUCUAUGCGUCGCAGUGCGAAAUGCGGAAGAAGAUGUGUGGAAAAGGCGUGACCGUGGCAACGGAGAAGACCGCUUGCCUGAGGUCAUCCGGUAGCAAGUGUGAGCAUCGUUGCCCGGGCGAUCAGGAUGCAGUGUGCGGCACGGACGGUCGUACGUAUCUGAACAAGUGCAUGCUCAGGGUCGAGAUCUGCCGAGUAGGAAUCGAGCUGUCGCAUCUUGGCCCUUGCAACAAUAUCUCCGCGCAUCGAGAGAACUGUCCUGUGUCCUGUGAAUUCGCACCACUCGACGGGCCGAUCUGCGGAAGCGACGGGAACGUAUACAAGUCAACGUGUCAAAUGAAACUUCUCACUUGCGGACAAGGCGUCGUGCGUACCAACAAGAAACACUGCCAGACCACGAGACACUGCCGUGAAUCCUGCUGGCGUGGCGCCAAGCCAGCCUGCGGCAGCGACGGCAUCCUUUACUCGAACACCUGCAAAAUGCGAGCAAAGAACUGCGGCAAACACGUGUUCGAGGUGCCUAUGUCGUUCUGCGUGUCGCGGGAGCGCACGUCCGGCGGACAGUCGAACGCGUGCCCGUUGGAGUGCAAAAACGAGCCUGAGGCGCCAACAUGCGGAUCGGACGGGAGCGUGUACAGGAACGAGUGCGAGAUGCAGAUGCUUAAUUGCGGGCAAGCAAGACGGAAAGUGACCGUGGUCGACUUCGAGAAGUGCCAGCCACGUUUGAAUAAGUGCACGAAGCAACAACAAAAAUGCGGCAACGACGUGGACCCAGUAUGCGGCAGCGAUGCGAACACUUACUCGAAUCAGUGUCAUCUGAACGUUGCUGUGUGCCUAAAGGGCAUUCAAUUGGCUCACGUUGGCGAGUGCACGACCUUGAAGGAAACCGAACAGUGCCCCGAAGAUUGCAGCGAGGUACCCGAGGAACCAGUUUGUGGAAGCGACGGGAACGUUUACCGAUCCUUCUGCCAUCUGCGGCGCGAGACAUGCGGUCAGAGGGUGGUUCAAGUUCCAGCACAACAUUGUCCUACCACCGCGCUUUGCAACCAGAUCUGCAGCGGAGAACGCCAGUUUGUUUGCGGUUCCGACAACAAGCUCUAUCGCAACGAGUGCGAGAUGAAGAGGGACAAUUGCGGGAAACACGUAUACGUGGUGCCCAUGAAGAGAUGCGUUCAGGGCUUCCUGUUCCGUGGUUGCCAAAAGAUCUGCCCGCCCUACUACGACCCAGUUUGCGGCACAGACGGCAUGACUUAUAGCAACGAAUGUUUCCUGGAGAUCGAGAACUGCCGUAGUCGAAGUUUAGUUACGAAGAAAUAUCACGGCGUGUGCGGCCAACCAACGGAGGAGCCUAAGAACUACUUGUACUAAAUCGAUCGAUUUCUGUCUGUUCGAAAGUCUCUGUUGAAAAGUACUCUCUCGAAAGUUGACGA